AUGAUGCAACAGAUGGUGCUGCAACAGCAGACCUUUAUGCAGACGGUGACUGCUUCGUUUCAGCAGCAACAGCAGUCGAUGCUGCAGCAGUCACAGACGUUUAUGCAGACCAUGGAAACAUCUAUGCAGCAGCAACUGCAACAGAUGAGGCAGCAAGUUGCGAGUUCAGCGCCUGUACCACCUACAGCGCCUGGAUCUCCGGUUUUGGAGUCCUAUCGGAUAAGUACUCCGAGUCCGGGUAGGUCUCCGCCACCCCCACCACCAAGAGAUGUUCAGGAUGCGGAGAGAGAUGUCUUCGCUAAAUCCGACAAAUGGCUGCCUAGUUUGCCUGUCAUUGACUUUACGUCAUGGAAGGAUAGGAUCUCCGAAGCUUUAGGCUUCCUCACCUGGAUGGAGAAGCUGACCAGUUGGGUCGGUUUGGGUUCUGAGGUGUUCCCAAACGAGCUCAUGCAUGCUGUUCGAACAAAGGAUGAAGGUGUCCUUGGUCAGGAUAGGUUGACUGUUGAGCAGCAGAAGAGAUCAAUUAGGUUGUUGCACAUUCUGCGGCAGACCUUUGCAGGCCAUGAUAAGAGUUCUUUGAUUCUGCAGAACUAUGUGGAAGGAGCGGCUUCGUAUCAGCAAUCGGGAUUCGUGGCUCUGAGAUUAUUGGCGAAGGAGUUUUGCCUGAAAUCUCGGUCUGAGUGUCUCUACUUCAGAGCACAGUUGGUCAAUCAGACGGUGAAAGCGCCAACUAUCCCAGAAAUUGUGAGAAAGAUUGAAUCUGAGCAACAUAAGUAUUCGAAGCUGUUGAGCAGUUUGGAUUCGGAUGUGCAUGCGCAAGGACUCGAUUUGCAAGAAGCAGAUUUGGUCAUGGUGUUGCUUAGAAGUUUGCCCGAGAGGUGUCGAAGCUACUGCUUGCUUCAUGGUGAUAGUGAUUCGUUUGAGGAUCUCAAGCGGGUUGCUUUGAAGUAUGAGGUGCAACAGCGAGUUUGGUCUGAAGGACCUGGUACAAAGCUGAAUCCGUUCAAAGGUGAUGAGAAAGGAAAAGGUGGUGACGAAAAGGGAACUCCUAAAGGAAAAGGUGGCAAGAAAGGAAAAAGAGGCCGGAGCCAGAGUGCGUCCAGGGGUGGAGCUAAAGGAAACAAGGAUGUGGAGUGUUGGAACUGUGGAAAGAAGGGACAUCAUUCCGCAGAUUGCUGGGCUCCACCAAAGAAGGAUCAAGGCAAAGAGAAUGCGAAGAAUGAUGGAAAGCCCUCGCCGAAAGGUAAGGCAAAGGCAAAGGCCAAGGGUGGAAAAGAUAAAGGCAAAGGAAAAGGCAAGACAGUUGCUGAAGUGGCGCCUGACGAAGGCGAAGGUGUUGAUCUUGCUGGAGAUCAAGGAUGGACUGAGCCAGAGUCUGAGGCUCAUGUGAGCUCGGUGAUGCGGCAACUCAACGAGAUCGUUGACGAGGUUCGACGGGAUUGGAUUCCGCCGGCCCAGGAUGAGUUUGUUAUGACCCGAGAGGCAAGUGUCAAAGUUCGGAUGGCCGAAAUGGAGCAUAGGAUCGCGAGUGAUCUCGGUGAGAUGCUGGGGAAGGAUCUGCCAGGAUCGGUGAACUUACUGAGAGGAUCUCAGGUGAAUGGAGUGAGUAGCCUGAACAACGAUCAAAUGGCCAACUGGUGGCUCAUUGAUUCUGGUGCUUCGGUGACAGUGAUUGCCAAGAAGUUUCUCGAUGACUUCACGGUGAUGUCGAGGAUGCCUUUGUGCCCAAGCGAGAGGUAUUCAGCGGCAAAUGAUACGCCUGUCACGGUGUUUGAAAGGGUGAGAGUGAAAGUGAAAAUGCCUCUGUAUGAAGGGGAUUCGUAUAUUGGAAUGGUCCCUGUGAUGGUGACUGGAGUUGUAGCUGACGUUGGUCACAACAUCUUGAGCACUGAGCACAUGGUUGCUACCGGCUGGGAAGUGAAGUUUUCGAAGGCGGAGAUUUCGCUUCGUCGGGUGAAAGGAGGAUUGGUUGGAUAUGGACAGUCCUGGGCUGGAUGCCCAUGGAUUUAUCUGCAAGGUGCAGACACGUCAACCAAGAAAGUGACCUUUGGAAGGACACAUGUUAAGAUGGAUGUAGACCAAGAGGAUUCGUCAAGUCCCAUGGAAGUUGGGAACGUGUCGGCUAUGACGGUGAAGAUGAAAGAGGAACUCGAAGUUCAUCGGAUGCGAGGACAUAUCCCUUUCAUGCCUGGGUGUCCCCAUUGUCAAAAGACAAGAGGUGUGACGCAACAUCGGAGAGGCAAAGAUGUGGGUAAUCGCCCUGUGGAGCUGCAAGCAGACUUUUGUUACAUCAACUUGGUUACUGGUACCUUUGUCAAGGACCAGCCCAACGCACCCAACAUGAAGAUUUUGGUGAUGACUGAGAUGUCUACCAGAAUGGUUGGUUGUGCCCUUGUCGGGACAAGUGCGGAUCACACAUCGACUUGGAUUCGGUACUGGAUGAAUGCUUUUGGGUUGACUACUGCCGGAUCUGCGGUGUUACUUCGGACUGAUAGUGAAACAGCUGUCAGCGCGUUGAUUCGCCGGGCGAAUCUUGGGAUUCGGGUUGUGACUCAGAAAGCGCCACCGCAAGGACAUGAAUCUGUUGGUGGAGUUGAAAGAGCAGUUCGGACUUUGAAAGAGCUGUUCAGCACGAUCAGGCUUGACCUGAGAGCCCAAGGGUAUGAUCUGAAGCGCAGUCCACGUGCGUUUGAACUAGGUUUGGUCUACUGUGCUGCCAUGCACAAUCAUCAUUCGGCUGCGUUUGAUGGAAAGAAGUCUCCUCAGGAGUUGGUUUUGCAGAGACCACUGGCGGAGUGUGCAUCCACGUUGAUCGGGAUGACGGUACUUGCGGAAUUACCGGAUAGUAUGAAGAAGACUUCUUUGUCGAGAUUCGUGGAAGCAGCUUACUUGUAUCCAGAAGUUGGUGGCUUGACCCAUGUGGUGAGUUCUAUGGUGAAUGGGACGCCACAUCACUAUCGGGCGAAGUCGAUAAAGCAUAUCACUCCUCUGAAGGUUGGAAUGGAGCAUUGUGGACAUUUGCUCAAAGCCUAUGAUCCUAGCGAUACAUUGGCACCUCCCAUCUUGAAAGAGUUGGAUGAUGGGAUACCUUCUGAAGUUGAGGGUGAAGUCGACAAAGCAUUUGAAGGAAAGGUGUCACAAGGACCUACCACAGACAUGAGUCAGGUAGGACCACCUGCGGCAUGGGUACGAGAGCAUGGAGGAACACCUGGAUGUCCAGCGUGUGGUGAGAAGCGUGGAAAAGCCAAUCACAAUGCUGCCUGCAAACGGCGGUAUGAUAAGUGGUUGAAGGACCAACGUGAGAGGUUGGUUGUUGAAGGGGAGCAACAGACGGUUGGAGGUGAACCUGGAUCUAGAUCAGGAUCGACCGCGGCUCCGAAGGUUUCUUCAGAAGCGAGAAGCUCUGAGGAUGCGGGGGUGCCUCUUGUCAGUGCACCUUCGUUGAAGCGUCCAAAGACCAGUCAUGAGACUACCGGCCUGGAAGGCGAAGAGCCCUCAGCGGCGUCCAAGCCAGAUGUGAUUGAUGUGGAGAUGGUUGAGGAUCCAAGCAUUCCUUAUGAAAACAUUCCAGAUGAGGAGAUGCCUCCGGGAUACUUUGAAGAGGAACAGCCUAUGGAGAUUGAUAAGGGAGUAGCUGAAGAGGCUGCGGCAAUGAACGUCGAGUCUGAAAGCUCCCCAAGCGAGCCUAGUAGGGUUCCAAGGCUGUUGCAGUCGCUUCAUCCAAGAUUGGAUGCCCCAGAAGGUUUUACCAGUGCUUGUGAGGAAGCAAGUGCGCCGAAGUUAGCCAAAGUGGUGAAUGCUGUUCUGAUUGAAAAGAACACUGUGUAUCCCGAGCAAGUCCAGAUGUGUGGAUCGAAAGUUUGGUUGGCCAAGAUGAAGAGUGCGUUGUCUGAGCUGGAUGGGUGUCCAUUGGACGUAUCGUCAGCUAUGGAGGGUCGACGUACUGAACUUGGUAGCAUGGAUUCACAUAAAGCGGGAAGGAUUGUGUCUGCUGAUGAGGCACAUGCGUUUGCCAAGAAGCAUGGGAUAAGGAUCAUCCCUACACGAUGGGUACUUGGACCCAAGGUUGUGAACGGGAAAGAGGCAGUGCGCGCCCGGUGUGUGGUACAAGAUGUGGCUAAGGGUAGUACGGCUUCAUCGCUAGGUCUGAGUGCGACCACGCCGUCGUUGGAAGCUUUGCGAACUCUCUUGGCCAUUGCUGCCAAAGAUUCGAUGGAUAUUGCUACCCUGGAUGUCUCGACUGCAUUCUUGCAUUCCCCGUUGCCGAAAGGCGAAAAAGCAGUGAUUAUGUUGCCGCGGGAUAUGAGUUCAAGAUCUGACUAUUACGAAACGGGUCGCAUCACUCCGACUGGAGGAAGAAUUGUCUUCUUGGGAAGAGAGAUUGAGAGGAAUGGUGAGCAUCUACGGAUGAGAGUUCCACCGAAGUACAUGGAAAGUUUGUUUGAGACAGACUUUUGCAAGGACCUGAAGGUGGUGAGUAGUCCUCCGGAUCUUGUGAAGAUCAUUGAGAAGGGUCGCGCUGAUCCUGAAAAGGAUAGCGUGUUGUCGGAGGCUGCUGCGAUGCGCUAUCGAGCGGUUCUUGGAAGGAUUGCUUGGUGGGGCCAGUCUCGUCCAGACUUGGCUCGUUGGAUGUCGAUUCUUUCCCAAGGUCAGUCGAAGCCUACGGCGUGUUUUGAGCAUGCUUUGAGGCAAGUGAUUCGUUUCUUGAAAGGCCAGUAUCUGUGUUGGUCUUACUUUGGUCCUGGGAGUGAGGUCCCAGACGGAGGAUCUGCCACGCUUGAUGUGUAUGCGGAUGCGAGUUGGGCACCGCAAGAAAGUGAAGGACUGGCAACGCUGAUUGGACAAUUGGCUGGGUCCAAAGUCGAGAUUAGGAUUUGCGGAAUUCGGUUCUCUCGCAGCGACUCUGGUUCAAGCGCCACGCAAGCUAGCACAUCUGUGGAAGUCGUACCUUUGUUGAAGGACGACAUGACGGAUUCAAAGGCGGAUACCCUGAAGGGAUCCGUGGAGGCACAUUACUGGUGCAAGCAAUGCAAAUGGCUGUUUAAGACAGACCAUUCCCAUGGACUGGGAUGGACGGAUGAGUACAAGCCCAGGUGUGAGAAGUGCCAGGGCGUGAUAAGUGUUUGGGGAUCCAAUGCCUCCCACGCCUUUCAUCUCCGAGAGGGAGAGAAAGAGAAGCGGUUUCCGAAAGGCGGCAAAGGGGAAGGCAAGUCCUCCCAGUGGGUGCAAGGCGAUGGUGGAAAAGGUGAUGGCACCAAUCUGGGUGAAAGCUCGAUGGCGAAAGCUACGCCAAAGCCUGAAGGGCCACCGAGUGUGGCAACUAUGUUUCCAGAGCUUAAUGGGAGUGAGGUGCCAGCAUGGUACACUGAGCUCUGGGGGAAGAUGGGCAUCCGAGGAGCCCCUCUUGAUCAGGUGGAUCUCCAACCUCUGGUGGAAUCCUUGCCGGCUGAGGAUCAGGAGUGGUAUAAGAAGAGCUUUGAGAAGCUCAGCCACCCGAACUUUGCUGUGUUUGAGCAUGGGGAUCCGAUGCCGGGCAAAGUGGUGACAGUCCUGGAUAUGAGAUCGCAGUAUGGUGGCAAGUCUGUCAUCUGGGAGACAACUGUGAAUGGAGGUUGCAUCUACGUUGAAAUGGGCCCGGGGUUGAGUGGUUUGGCAGUGCUCAUGUUUGUGCAGUACCUGAAGAGGAAGGGGUUCUUGGUGCUUAUCCUUUUGAGUGGGCAUCAGGACCCAGGGAUCUUGCGGAUGAUGGAUCUGCUUUACACACUUCCCAUCCUGGGAGUGGAGAGAUGCACAAAGGGUGAUCUGGAGACCACCUCCCAUCCUCCCUGGGUGUGCCGAUGGAAAGAGCAUGCUCAGAAUGGCAACGUGGUGUUCAAGGCUGUGCUUUCCAAGGUGUGUUGGAUGUCUGAUUUGACAUGCCAGACACUCCAGGCUUUCGACUCUAAGGUGAAGGACCUCGGGAAGCCGUUGCCUCUGUGGGCCUACUUUGCGUACACCAACAAUGAUAUGGUGAAGGAAAGUUUGAUUGUGGAAUGCGAUCACAUGGCUGUGAAGGUUUCCAAUGGGGUGCUUGAGAGUAUCCGUGAGCCUAUGAUCUGGCAGUGUGACUGCGCGUGGCAUAUGGCCACGGACUACGCAAGCAGGUUCACUACGAACCUCCCGUGCAUCCUGUGGGAGCACAUCUGGAAGUUUUUGGGUGGGAACACUCAGAAGCUGAUGGAUGUUGAGCUCGGUUUGGAACAGGCUGCGUUAGCAGCCGUGGCUUCGCAUGACCUCGAGGUGGAAGCUGAGAACAAGAGGAAGAGGCGUGCGGAGUUGGAUGCAGCUGAGGAGGAAGCGGCUAAGAGGGCCAGAACGGAGCAACCAGCUCCAAGCUCACCUGCACCUCCGGUGCUUGAUGGAGCUAUGAUCGCGCAGAUCGCUGCAAUGGUAACAGCGAGUCUGAGUGUUGGUGACUUGGAGAAGCUGCUGGAUGAGAAGAGAAGGGCAUCUGCUUCUGGCAGUGCUCAGGGAUCUGAGCAUAGCGGUGCUCAGCAGGACCAGCAGAUGGGCCAACGGGUUGCUGAGUUGGAUCAGAUGAGGGAUGCGGCACAGGAGCGCCGAUCCCAGCUGGUUGAGAAAGCCUCUGAGAAGGCUGAUGAGGCGAAGGAUGCAGCUGAUCUGAAGUGA